CAGUGGAUUCAUCUGAUGCAGGAGCUGAUGGUGUUGCCCAUCUUUUUAACUAAACCUGCGGCUGACAGACUGCGUGACGAAUUCAAAAUGACGUUUGCAAAAGUAUAUCGCACGUAAUGAAACAUGAUAGCUACAAUUGUAGCAAUUGACGUCGAUGAGAGGUUUGAAUCUUCAGCCCCGGUUGGAUUUCACGGUUUCGUCCGUAGUCAACAAGCAGCUAAUACGUAUGUCAUCCGAAUAGCAAGCAUUUCGCUACAGGCGGAUGACAAAAUGAGGAUUAUUCUUACUUCAUUGCUGCUGUGGAUGAUCUUUUCUUCGCGUACAGUAAAAGGCCAAUCAGAGUGCCAGCGUACGAAUCGUCAGCCUAGUCGGAUAUGUGUGGCGCAAUGUGAUCCUUCGACUGGCUGCAGUGGGUCUGGAGAGGAGUGUCUUUGCGAUGGCGACUGUGGAUACAGCUGUGUAAAGAAAGAUUUAUCGUGUGGCAAACCACCGAACGUAAGGAAUGCUGAGGCACAAUACCCAUCCACUAAGUUCGGAGAAACUGUUACGUACGUUUGUAACAAAGGCUACACAUUGUCUGGCGCCCCACAACGAACCUGCCGGGCAAAUGAAAACUGGGAUGGCGUGGGACCUAACUGCUUAAGAAUGUGUACCUUACCGAACAUCCCGUUUUCUACGUACAUCAAAAAACCGGACAACUUCAAUCGCACAUACAUGACUGGCGAAAGAAUCACAUUAGCCUGCAAAAAGGGCUUUAAAGAACUACCCAAUGGAAAUCCUGUCAGAAUCUGUAUCAAUGGACUGUGGACUCGAUUCCCUUUUAAAUGCGAAGGUACUCACUCGUGUAAAAGGACUAUCCGGGCGGCUCGGACCAAAUGUACUCAAGAGUGCUCUCCUGAGAGCGGAUGUGGUUCAGGCAGGUAUCAAUGCCUUUGUGACGGUAGCUGUGGUUUUAGUUGCGUGGAGAAAGGUAUGUCAUGUGGUAAUCCACCUUCUGUACAGAAUGGAAAACUGAAUUUCACGGGAACAAGUUACAACUCUACAGCUCAUUAUACUUGCAACGAAGGAUACAAUUUGAACACGGAUCCUGUCAAGAGAUGUACCGCAAAAAAACGAUGGGACGGUCUCACUCCAAGAUGCUUGCAGGACUGUCCAGAGCCGGCAAUUCCAAGAAACGCGAACAUUUCAAAUCCAAGUAAAAAGUACCGAUCUGGAUAUAAAGUCACAUUUAAAUGUAAUAAAGGUUUUAACCAGGAAGGGAUGGCUACACAAAUGUGCUUUCUUGGAAGAUGGACCGUGUUGCCUUUCAAAUGUACUGAGGGAGGAUGUGGAGAUCCUGGAACUCCUGAAAAUGGUCGAAAGCUUGGGGUAACAUAUUCUGGCAAUAGCGUAGUGUUCUUCAACUGUGACUUAGGGUAUGACCUUGUGGGGUCACCGGAUCGCAAGUGUCUGCUAAACGGAACGUGGACUGGAACACAGCCAGUUUGCAAAGUUGUAAACUGUGGUUUUCCGCCUCGUCCGAAGAAUGGAUCAUUUAUGGGCAACGAAACAACUUUUCAAAGCUCGCUUCAGUUCAAAUGCGAUGACGGUUUUUAUCUGGAAGGAAGUGAAACAAGGAUGUGCACCUCGGAUAAAAACUGGAGUGGGAAGGAAGUGUCAUGCAUACCCGUUGAUUGCAGAAGGCUCCCUAUUCCGCUGAACGGCUCGCUGUCAGGGGAAGAAACUACAUACCCAAACCACGUGAAGAUUAACUGUGACAAAGGCUUCAUUGUUCGCGGAUCUCGCAAACGAACUUGCCAAGCGGACGGAAGAUGGGAUGGAAACAAAACCUCCUGCGAAGCGGUUGACUGCGGUGCUCCAACCUCGCCUAUCAACGGCUCGUCUUCUGGAACUGUCACAACCUUUUCCAACACUAUAAAGUUUAGUUGCGAUGUUGGAUUCGAUUUGGUUGGUUCCUCCACAAGGACCUGUAUGGCUGAUAAGACUUGGAGCGGAGAAAUGCCUGUUUGUAAAGCCGUUGACUGUGGGAAGCUUGCUGCUCCAAUGAACGGCACGUUAUUGGGUAAAGAAACCACCUUCCUGAGCGAAGUGGAGAUUAUCUGUGAUGAAGGUUUCAUUUUACGUGGAUCACGCCGCAGGAAAUGCCAAGCGGACAGAAAUUGGAGUGGAGACACCACAGUGUGUGAAGCCAUCAACUGCGGCAAGCCAGCAUUGCCAGAUCAUGGUUCCGUGUCAGGAGUCUCGACAAGAUACCCGCAUCCAAUAAAGUUCACUUGCGAUACUGGAUACGAAAUUCAAGGCGCUGUUGUAAGAAGAUGUCAAGCUGACGGAACCUGGAGUGGAAAUAAGACCAGCUGUAAACCCGUUGAUUGUGGACCACUACAGGCGCCAAACAAUGGUACCAAAACUGGCGAUAGGACAACUUUCUUAAAUGAAGUGAUAUUUUACUGCGACGAUGGCCAUGAUUUGAUGGGAUCUUCUUCUCGAGUCUGCCAGGCUAAUAAACGGUGGAGUGGAGAAGAAACGUCCUGCAGAGCUAAAGAUUGUGGUCAACUUGCUAUUCCCACUAAUGGUUCUGCCACUGGACAAAAGACAACUUAUCCCAACGAAAUAACUUUUCACUGCGAUAAUGGAUUUAACAUAUUUGGCUCCAGGAUCAGAAAAUGUCUCUCAGAUGGAAUAUGGAGCGGUAAUGAAACCUCUUGUUCAGCCAAAGAUUGUGGGUCCAUUGAGACACCUUUGAAUGGCACGAAACAUGGAAGCCGUACCACUUAUUCCAACAUUGUGACGUUUACGUGCGACGAUGGGUUUGAUUUAAAAGGUUCAGAUGUAAGAGAAUGUAAAUCGGAUGGAAAGUGGAGUGGAGUAGAAACCUUUUGUGAAGCAAAAGACUGCGGCUUUCUCCAAGUGCCUGUCAAUGGAUCUUUGGUUGGACUGUACCUGACUACUUUUCCGAAUUCAUUAACAUUUGCAUGCGACCCAGGGUUUAUACUGAAGGGAUCACGGGUGCGACAUUGUGAAGCUAAUGCAGUUUGGAGUGGCAAUGAAACCGUCUGUCAAGCUAAGGACUGUGGACCGUUACAUGCCCCAGCCAAUGGAUCGAUGCUUGGUGAUCUAACGACAUAUCCGCAUGACGUGUCCUUUGGAUGUGACGGGGGGUUCAUCCUCAGGGGAUCGAAAGUAAGAAGUUGUACGUCGGAAGGGACCUGGAACGGAACUCCAGCUUUUUGUGAAGCCAAAGAUUGUGGUUCACUUGCUGUCCCGUUGAAUGGCUCCGUCAUUGGAUUGGACACGACGUUUCCUAAUGAAAUAGCAUUUCGCUGUGAUGAUGGGUUUAACAUGGCCGGCUCCAGAAUAAGAAAAUGUCUGUCGACCGGGAUUUGGAGUGGAAAUCAAACUUCUUGCACAGUUGUGGACUGUGGCUAUGUCCCCACGCCGCAGAAUGGGACCAAAUUUGGAGAGGAAACGACGUAUCCAAAUUCUAUAGAGUUAAGUUGUGACGAAGGAUUUGUCAUAUCCGGGUCGACAGUGAGAAGCUGUUUGACCAAUGGAACAUGGAGCGGUCAGCAGACGCGAUGUAAAGCCGAAGACUGUGGACCCAUCAGUGUACCUUUAAAUGGCACGAAACGUGGUGAACAAACAACGUAUCCAAGCAAGGUCAUGUUUACAUGUGACGAUGGGUUCGAUUUGAGAGGUUCAGAUGUGCGACAGUGUAAAUCUGAUGGAGAGUGGAGUGGCGUGGAGACGUCUUGUCAAGCCAAAGACUGCGGCAUUGUCAAGAUUCCUUUGAAUGGAUCCUCAGUCGGACCCAACCGGACUACGUUUCCAAACUCAUUGACGUUUACUUGUGAAAAAGGCUUUCUACUGAAAGGAUCACGUGUUAGACAUUGUCAAGCUAAUGCAACGUGGAGCGGCAGCGAGACCUAUUGUCAAGCCAGAGACUGUGGACCUAUUGAAGCACCAUCAAACGGAUCAAUAUUUGGCAAUCUGACGGUGUAUCCCCAUGAAGUGUCUUUCGAUUGUGAUGAAGGCUUUAUUCUCAAGGGAUCAAGUUUACGGAGGUGCACCUCGGAAGGAGCUUGGAGCGGAACUCCGGCUUCGUGUGAAGCUAAAGACUGUGGUAUCCUCGCUGUUCCAACGAAUAGUUCUGCCACUGGACACAAGACCACUUAUCCCAAUAAAAUAACAUUUAGCUGCGAUGAUGGGUUUAACUUGGCCGGCUCUAGGGUCAGAUAUUGCCAAUCGACUGGAAUCUGGAGUGGAAAUCAAACUUCCUGCAUUGCUAAAGACUGCGGCCCCCUGUCAGUUCCAAUGAAUGGUUCUUCCAACGGUCGCGAAACAACCUUUCCAAAUAGCAUAUCGUUUACCUGUGAUAUUGGCUUCGUUAUGAUUGGCUCACGAACAAGAAAAUGUCAGUCAAAUGGUAGAUGGAGUGGCAACGAAACAUCCUGUAAAGCUGUUCAAUGUGGUCCUCUAGUGAUGCCAAUGAAUGUUACCUCUUACGGGGAACUCACCACAUAUCCAAACAAGGUAUAUUUCCAAUGCGAUGAAGGAUUCGUUCUCAAAGGAUCAUCUGUAAGAGUUUGCCUGGCAAACGGAUCUUGGAGUGGAAAUGACACUGCUUGUAAAGCUGUUGACUGUGGAAAGGUACAAGCUCCAAGAAAUGGUUCUGUACUUGGAGAUUACACAACUUUUCCAAACAAACUGCGUUUCCACUGUGAUGACGGGUUCAUACUCAGAGGAUCGACCGUCAGAAGUUGUAUGGCAAAAAAGACGUGGAGUGGUCAGGAGACAACAUGUGAAGCUAAAGAUUGCGGACCACUAUUGACUCCAAAGAAUGGCUCAAUGUCCGGAGGUCGAACCACGUUUCCUAACGAAGUCAAUUUUAGUUGCGAUGAAGGGUUUAUAAUGAAAGGACCAGAAAAACGAAGAUGUCAAGCAGAUGGAACAUGGAGCGGGAACGUAACGUCUUGCGAAGCUGUUGAUUGCGGACGCCAAAGUGUUCCUUUGAAUGGGUCAUCAUAUGGCGAUCUUACAGUAUUUCCCGAAAGCAUACGAUUUUCCUGCGAUACUGGGUUUAUUUUGAGCGGUUCGCGUGUUCGAAACUGCCAAGCAAACGGCACAUGGAGUGGAAUAUAUACCAUUUGCAAUGCGGUUGAUUGUGGAAGUCUUCCAGUUCCAGUGAAUGGUACACUUGUUGGUGAAAAAACUACGUUUCCGAAUGUUUUAAAGUUUUUAUGUGAUGAAGGAUUUACGCAACACGGUCCUACCGAGAGAAGAUGCCAACCGAACGGGAGUUGGAGUGGAAAUGAAACUAGUUGCCAAGCGAAUGACUGUGGUCCCUUGGCGGUACCCAAGAACGGUUCUUCCUUUGGAAAUGAGACAACCUAUCCAAACAAGAUGAUCUUCAGCUGUGACAAAGGUUUUAUUCUGAUUGGCUCAGUGAUCAGACAGUGCCAGGCAAACAGAACCUGGAGUGGACUUGACACUUCUUGCAAAGCGAUUGACUGUGGGUUCUUGGGUGUGCCAUUGAAUGGGUCAUCAUCUGGUGAUCUGACAGUGUUUCCAAACACAAAGCGCUUCGCAUGUGACCCUGGAUUUCUUUUGGGAGGGUCGUCCAAGAGAACUUGUCAAGCCAAUGGAAAUUGGAGUGGAUACAAUACCACGUGUACAGCUAUUGAUUGUGGACAUCCUCCUUCACCAAGAAACGGAACGGUGCACGGUGAACGGACAACUUAUCCCAACAUUUUAAGGUUCAAAUGUGACGAAGGAUUCACACUCCUUGGCUCAACUGCGAGAAAAUGCCGAACAAAUGGAACAUGGAGUGGUGUUGAUCCUGUUUGCCAAGCUAACGACUGUGGAAAGCUUCACAUUCCUCAAAACGGAUCCUUGCUCGGGAAUAAGACAACCUUUCCUAACUUUGUCACCUUUAGUUGCGAUGAAGGGUUUAUUCUAAAAGGAUCCAAGGUCAGGCAUUGUCAAGCUAAUAAGACAUGGACUGGCGAAGUCACUUAUUGUGAUGCUGUUAAUUGUGGUCCGUUGGUCAUUCCCAAGAAUGGUUCUUUAUCGGGCACCUCGACGGUAUUUCCUAAUAGCAUACAGUUUCAAUGUGAUCCAGGAUUUAUUCUCAGUGGUUCGUCAAUCCGUACGUGCCAGGCAAAUGGCACAUGGAGUGGAUUGACGACCUUGUGCAGCGCUAUCGACUGUGGGAAGCUGCAAGCGCCGCAAAACGGAAGCGUCUUCGGUAGAAAUACCACAUAUCCCCACACGCUGCGAUUUACCUGCGAUGUGGGGUUUUCACUGUUUGGAUCCAGCGAUAGAAAGUGUCAGGCGAAUGGAACGUGGAGUGGAACCAACGCCCUCUGUCAAGCAAACGACUGCGGCACUUUAUCAGUCCCACUGAAUGGCACACUAUCUGGGAACUUAACAACAUACCCCAACAAAGUAAUCUUUCGAUGCGACGAUGGUUUUACUCUGAGAGGAUCCGCAGAGAGACGGUGCCAACCUAACAAACAUUGGAGUGGCUAUGACACAUUUUGUGAAGGAAAGGAUUGUGGUCCCCUGCGUGCCCCUGUCAAUGGUUCUGCUAUUGGAAAUCUAUCUGUUUUUCCGAAUAAAGUAUUGUUUCAGUGCGAUGAAGGAUUCAUUUUAAAGGGGUCUGAAACUAGGCAAUGCCAGGCUAAUGGACUAUGGACUGGAAAUGGGACUACUUGCAAAGCCGUAGACUGUGGUCGUCUUCAGUCACCCUUAAAUGGGUCAUUGUCUGGUAAUCAGACGGUGUACCCCAACACUGUUCGAUUGUGGUGCGAUCCAGGAUUUGUUAUUUAUGGCUCCUCGAUUAGAACGUGCCGAUCUAACGGAACCUGGGAUGGCUCCGAAACGUUUUGUGAAGCUAUUGAUUGUGGAAAGCUACUUGCUCCUCGAAAUGGUUCCAUGGUUGGUAAAGAAACUACAUACCCGAAUUCCUUGAAGUUCAGUUGUGAUGAAGGUUUCAUCUUGAGUGGCUCCUGGCUAAGGAAAUGUCAAACAAAUGGUACAUGGAGUGGCAAUGAAACAAAAUGCCAAGCACAAGAUUGUGGUUCCCUGGCAGUCCCAGCAAACGGGUCUUCUAAUGGAGAUCUGACCGUAUUUCCAAACAAGAAAGUAUUUGGCUGUGAUGAAGGGUUUCUUCUCAGGGGGUCUAAUGUAAGAAAUUGUCAGGCUAACGGAACAUGGAGUGGAAAUCAGACAUUCUGUGAAGCUGUCGACUGUGGUCCUUUAUCUGCUCCCAUGAACGGUUCCUUCUCUGGUAACUCCACGGUGUUCCCCAAUAGGGUGCUAUUUAAUUGUGAUCCUGGAUUCAUUCUCAAUGGAUCCACCAUAAGAACAUGCCAACCUAAUGGAACAUGGAGUGGUUUUCUAACCGUGUGCAGUGUUGUUGACUGUGGUCGUCCUCAACCUAUACAAAAUGGAAGUGUCAUAGGAAAAGAGACAGUUUAUCCAAAUUUUGUAAAAUAUAGUUGCGAUGACGGAUUCGUCCUUCGUGGCCCUUCAAAGAUAAAAUGCCAAGCAAAUGGAACUUGGAGCAAGACUUUAAGCUUUUGUGAAGCUAAGGAUUGUGGUGCUCUUGCUGUACCUCUGAACGGUUCUAUCGCUGGACGGAAGACAACCUUCCCAAAUACAGUGACAUUCAGCUGCGAUGAAGGUUUCCUUUUAAAUGGGUCUACAGUCAGGCGAUGUCAAGCCGAUGGGUCUUGGAGUGGUAUUGAGACCUCGUGUAAAGCUGUCGACUGUGGUCCUUUGUCUGUUCCUGCAAACGGCUCGGCCUCUGGUAACAACACAGCGUUUCCCAACAGUAUGCUGUUCAACUGCGAUCCUGGGUUUAUUCUGAGUGGAUCGUCCAAGAGAACGUGUCAGCCUAAUGGAACAUGGAGUGGGUUUGCAACUAUGUGUACCGCAAACGAUUGUGGCUCCUUGGCAGUCCCCACCAAUGGUUCCUCUACGGGUAAACUUACAACCUUUCCAAACAAGAUACUCUUUCGUUGCGAUGAGGGAUUUCAUCUGAGAGGUUCUCAUAUCCGGCAUUGUCGAGAAAAUGGAACUUGGAGUGGGACUGAGACAUUUUGCCAAGCUGUCGACUGUGGUCCUUUGUCCGUUCCCAUAAACGGUUCUUCUUCUGGUGACUCAACAGUGUUCCCCAAUAAUGUGUUAUUUAAAUGUGAUCCUGGAUUCAUUCUCAAUGGAUCCACCAUAAGAACGUGCCAGCCUAAUGGAUCAUGGAGCGGUUUUCCAACCUUGUGUAGUGCUGUCGAUUGCGGUCCUUUAUCUGUUCCCAUGAACGGCUCCUCUUCUGGUAACAUUACAGUGUUCCCAAAUAAUGUGCAAUUUAACUGUGACCCCGGAUUCAUUGUUCAUGGAUCAGUAAUAAGGACGUGCCAGGCUAACGGAACAUGGAGUGGAUUUCAAACGUUAUGUACUGCUAUUGACUGUGGUAAGCCCAAGCCAUUACAGAAUGGAAGUAUCAUCGGGGAACAAACAGAGUAUCCAAACUUUGUGUAUCACAGAUGUGAUGAUGGAUUCGUCCUGCGUGGUCCCUCAAAGAUAAAAUGCCAGACAAAUGGAAUAUGGAGUACGACCACCAGCUUUUGUGAAGCCAAAGAUUGCGGUACCCUUGCCGUGCCUGUGAACGGUUCUAUUAAUGGACGUGAAACAACCUUCCCUAAUGAAGCUAUUUUUAGUUGCGACGAGGGAUUCAUUUUGAACGGAUCGACUGUGAGGCGUUGUCAAUCGGAUGGCACAUGGAGUGGUAUUCGUACAUCGUGUCAUGCUGUCGAUUGUGGCCCUUUGUCAGUUCCCAUAAAUGGCUCAUCGUAUGGUGACUCCACGGUUUUCCCAAAUAGUAUGCUAUUUAAAUGCGAUCCUGGAUUUCACCUCAAUGGAUCAUCAACGAGGAUUUGCCAGGCAAAUGGAACUUGGAGUGGCUUGGCGGUCAGAUGUGUUGCGAAAGAUUGUGGUCCCCUGGCAGUCCCAACAAAUGGCUCCUCUACUGGUGAUCUGACAGUCUUUCCAAACAGGAUGCUCUUUAGUUGUGAUGAAGGAUUUCUUCUGAGGGGAUCUGACGUCAGGCAUUGUCAAGCAAAUGGGAACUGGAGUGGAAAUCAGACAUUUUGCAAAGCUGUCGACUGUGGUCCUUUACCUGUUCCUAUUAAUGGCUCCUCUUCUGGUGACUCCACGGUGUUCCCCAAUAAUGUUGUGUUUAACUGUGACCAUGGAUUCAUUCUCAGUGGAUCCACCAUGAGAACGUGUCGGCCUAAUGGAACGUGGAGUGGACUGCCAAACCUAUGUAGGGCUGUUGACUGUGGUCCUUUAUCUGUUCCCAUGAAUGGCUUCUCUUCUGGUGACUCCACGGUGUUCCCCAAUAAUGUGGUAUUCAGCUGUGAUCCUGGAUUCAUUCUAAAUGGUUCCAAAACGAGGACGUGUCGGGGCAAUGGAACAUGGAGCGGAAUUCAAGCCGUAUGUAGUGCUGUCGACUGUGGUCAGCCCCACCCGUUACAGAAUGGAAGUAUCAUUGGAGAAAAUACCGUGUACCCAAAUUUUGUUACUCAUCAGUGUGAUGAAGGAUUCAUCCUUCGUGGUUCCCCUAAAAUUAAAUGCCAGGCAAAUGGAACAUGGAGCAGAACUUCAAGUUUUUGUGAAGCUAAAGAUUGCGGUAUACUGUCUAUUCCACUAAACGGUUCCUUGACUGGGAGUGAAACGACCUUCCCGAACGAAGUUACCUUUAGCUGCGAUGAAGGAUUUAUUUUGAAUGGGUCAUCAGUCAGGCGUUGUCUAUCCGAUGGGUCUUGGAAUGGUAUUCAGACCUCUUGUGAAGCUGUCGAUUGUGGUCCUUUAUCUGUUCCUAUGAACGGUUCGGCUUUCGGUGACUCCACAGUGUUCCCUAACAGUGUGCUAUUUAAAUGCGAUUCUGGUUUCCUUCUCACUGGAUCAUCCAAAAGGACUUGCCAGCCCAAUGGGACGUGGAAUGGGCUUACAACCAUGUGUGUUGCGCGAGAUUGUGGUCCCCUUACAGUCCCAACAAAUGGUUCUUCUACUGGUGAUCUGACAGUCUUUCCAGACAAGAUCGACUUUAAUUGUGAUGAAGGAUUUAUCCUCAGAGGAUCUCGUAGCAGGCGAUGUCAGGCAAAUGGAACAUGGAGUGGAAAUCAGACAUAUUGUGAAGCUGUCGACUGUGGUCCUUUGACUGUACCCAUGAACGGUUCCUCUUCGGGCGACUUGACUGUGUUUCCGAACAGUAUGCACUUUAUCUGCGAUCCUGGCUUCAUUCUCAAUGGAUCCUCCAUCAGGACCUGCCAACCUGAUGGAACAUGGAGUGGACGAACAACCAUAUGUGUGGCUGUCGACUGUGGUCCUUUACCUGUUCCCAUGAACGGUUCCUCUUCUGGUAACUCCACGGUGUUCCCCAAUGGUGUUAGAUUUAACUGUGAUCCUGGAUUCAAUCUCAAUGGAUCCACCAUAAGAACGUGCCAACCUAAUGGAACAUGGAAUGGUUUUUCAACCAUAUGUAGUGCUGUUGACUGUGGUCGGCCCCAACCCUUGCGGAAUGGGAGUAUUAUCGGCGAUAAGACAGUGUAUCCAAAUUAUGUGAACCACGCUUGCGACGAGGGAUUCAUUCUUCGUGGUUUCCCUAAGAUAAAAUGUCAGACAAAUGGAACAUGGAGCAGAACCUCCAGCUUCUGCGAAGCUAAGGAUUGCGGUCCUCUUACAGCCCCGUUGAACGGUUCUAUAGCCGGGCGUGAAACAAAUUUUCCAAAUAAAGUAACGUUGAGCUGUGAUGAAGGGUUUCUUUUAAACGGAUCAAACGUUCGGCGUUGUGAAGCCGACGGAAACUGGAGUGGAAUUGAGACUUCGUGCAAAGCGGUUGAUUGUGGUCCCUUAAACGUUCCUGAGAAUGGCGUUGCCCAUGGCAACUCCACAACAUAUUCUAACGUGAUGUCUUUCAGUUGCAAAACAGGAUUUUCUCUGCAGGGAACAGCUACACGGAAGUGUCAGGCAGAUGGCACAUGGACAAGUGGAGAAGUUGUAUGCCUAGGACAGGAUUGUGGUUUGCUUCCUACUCCUCAUAAUGGCUGGAUCUUGGGCUCCAAAACAACCCAUCCGCACUGGGUGGACUUCAUUUGUGAUCGUGGGUUCACACUGGAGGGAUCCUCUAAACGAAGUUGCUUAAGGAAUGGAUCGUGGAGUGGCCAGCAACCAAAAUGCGUCUCCAAUUGGUGCAGCAAAGCCCCAGAUGUUCCUGCGUUUGCUUAUCAGACGUGGAAGGCUUCUAAGAUGCGUUAUCAAAGCGGGCAAAGUAUUUACUACAGUUGUAAGGCUGGCUACAUUAUGGUCGGAAUUCCCGUGAGGAAAUGCAACAAGGGUCAAUGGUCUGAACUCCGAUUCAACUGUAGUGCACCAAGUUGUAAUGCUCCAAAAGUUCCUAAAUACUCGUAUGUCACCUCAGCCCGCGGCCCGCAGAGUAAAUAUCUUAAUGGCGAGAGAGUUUACUAUAGCUGUAGGGCUGGAUACAAACUGGUGGGAAUUCCGCAGAUCGAGUGUACAGACAGCGUUUGGACAAAACAUAGUUUCAACUGCCAAGCUGUAAAUUGCGGUACUCUCGCCAGCCCUUCAAAUGGAUGGAUUCAAAAGAAAACAGGAGAAACCUUCGGAGCGCUGUAUAUGUUCAUGUGUAAUGUAGCUGAGGGCUACCUCAUGAGGGGAUCUAAAGAGAGACGAUGUCUGGCUAACGCAACUUGGAGUGGAGUUCAACCAAUCUGCUAUCUGCAAACUUGUGAUGCCCCUCGUAAACCAGCUCACGGAAAAUUAGCAUCAGAACCAAGCAACAAAUACUUUUUUGGAAAUGUGGUUGAAUAUCAAUGCAACAAUGGAUUCUCCCCUCGUGGCCACGAAACUACAAGAUGCCAGAUUCAUGGGAAUUGGAGUAAUCCGGCACCUGCAUGCCUCAGUUGCUCUUCACCGCUUGGUUUAAAGAACAGGAUGAUUUUUAGCCACCAGCUGUCCGCUUCAUCAGAGCGAGACUCGCGACAUGGCGCCAAACAUGGCCGUCUCCAUGGCAACAGCGCUUGGUGUUCAGCGAGGAGUAGUUUUCCCAAAUAUUUUCAGAUUGAUUUUGGCCGCACCAUGGAGGUCACUGCUGUCGCUACUCAAGGUCAUCCCAGAGAACAGAAAUGGGUCCUGAAAUACGUGUUGAAAUAUUUAUUGGGGAAGAACUGGCUUACCUAUCAGGAAUCGGGACGGGACAAGGUGUUCAGAGGCAACAGAGACGGUAACACUGUGAUGAAGCACUACUUGAAGGAAAAGCUUGUAGCUAAGACAUUAAGGAUAUUGCGUCAUCAGAACUCUAAAGACUUCAUGGGCUCCACCGUCUGCUUGAGAGCAGAAGUUUACGGUUGCGAGUUUCAAACAGACUGUCUCACCAUUGGUUCAGAAGUAUUUGCUCAUUGGAAUUCCGUCAAAGAACACACGCGCUUCUUCCACGGCUUCAUCACCAAGGUCCGCAAAACAAGUGUCGAGGUAUCCCCCUCCGGUAAACAUGGCGCCAAAGUCAACGAGAUCGUUGAAAGGCCUAGAGCUAAACAAUUCUACGUGAUCAUUGACAAGAAAUCCAAACCAACCGAGAUAAAACUUGGAUCAGAAGUUAUUGUGGCCUCCAAGGACAACUUGGGCUUCUCUCAGGGCAAAGUAACCCAGAAAUUCGUCACGUGGUAUGGUGUCCAGUUGGGCAACGGAGAGAAGGUCUGGAGCAAAGCGCAUGACAUCCGACUUCUAAGAGCUCCUGUCUACUGUGACCGAGAAUGACUGAUAAGAGAUACCUAGUAGUACUGUUUAUUCUUUAUUUACAAUAUUUAGAAAAGAAGCCUUGAAAUCUAUUCGUUCUACAUUUUUAGAAAUAAAUUUUGUUUUAUUUUUCCUAUAAAAUCCGUCUGAACUCGUUCCAGAUCUCUUCGAGCCUAUGCAAGUAGAUAACUCCUAACUGAGAAAUCGCUUCGAGAGUGUCUGCGGACGGGACUGGGAGCUGGCUGAAAAACAGCCAUUGUAUCAAUUGACGUCCUUAUCAAUGCGUUUCAGCAUUCUGGGUACUACUGGCAACUGACAAGAGAAAAAAAAAGUGUCUUAGUACUUACAACUUGGAUUUCCCUCCCAGACCCUCUCGUGACAGAUUUGUAGCGUCCAUAUCUUAAGAUUCUUAUUUGUAUUAUUGAUUAUUUUUUUUGUGAAAUCAUGGUUGCUACAGCAGUUAAGAAAAAGUAAAAUAUUUGAUAUUGUCGAGAAAUAAUUGUUUGCUUUGAUUUUUGUUGCGUCCAUUUUACACUUGUACUUUAUGAUUAGCCUGCGUAAGAAGCGAUCCAGUACGAGCCGAACAUAAGAGCUUUUUCGCAUUUGGGCAGCGCGAAAAGUGGGGCUAGAGCAAAAAGGUUCGACCUGAUUUAUUUCUCUACUAUAUUUAUUUCUAAUCUGUACCCUCUGUAAAGUUGAGCUGAACUAUCAAUAUGCUAUUACUAUCGGCUGUCUGAGUAAGAGCUCAGAAUCUGAACAACAUUCACCGCUGGAAAUACAAUGUUAAGAUUAGUUUCUUUCUUGCUCGAGCUAAGUUGUAUGCUCGUCCCCGCUCGUCGCUGACGCCGCUCGUCGCUCGCCCGCUUUUUCCAUCGUCCCUACUGACCGAGAGCCUGGAACACGCUAUGUUGACACAAGAUUAGAUUGGUUAUAGAUUCUUGGACUAAGAUUUUCACUAAUUCAGGAGACCUUUAACUACUAUGCGAGACACAUAUAUUUGAAUGAGCGUUAGGUUUCUUCAGUUAGAACUUGCAGUCAAGACAUGAACAUCGUUCGGGAACUUUUAUAUUUUGGGCUUCAAUUAAGCAUUUGUCCGUGACAUGAGACGAUAAUCUAAGAGAACACACUCCCGUGCGCCCAAUGACAAUCUAAUUUAAGCUCCGGGCCACGCUGUGAAAGUUAGUUUUAGUCUUAGUUCUUUGAUCGCGCAGCCAAUGCCUAACGGUCAUCGGGUCGCGUCCAUCUAAAUCCGAAAUUGAAAAUCUAACUGGUUAAAAAAAAGAAAAGAAAUUCAGUCUUAAUUUCAAAAGUGUUGUGUAAUAUUUACCUGAGUUUGCACGCCACGUCUAUUUGGAAAGUAUUUAAACCACUGCUCAGGAAAAUUAUCUUUGUGCUUAUCCGAAGUUCACUUCGAAACGAUAAGUCA